AUGAAGCCCCCACAUCUCCAACCCCUCGCCUUAGCGGCCACUCUCUGCCUCACGCCCACGUCGGCCCAUUCCCUCCUCUCCCGCACCGGCAACAUCACCCUCUUCGCCGACGCCGCCGCCCCCGUCUACGUCAACACCUUCAUCCUCGGGCGCGACGUCUGCGGCAAGGAGAAUGGUGCCACACCCUAA